AUGGAGCGCUACUUCAGAUAUUCAAGUGCAGAAUACAUACCCGGAUAUGAUUGUAGAAUGUCUCGCAAAAGUGGAACAACGAAUUAUAUACUGGGUGCGAUUUUCAUAUUGUUCGGAAUUAUUGUGCAGAUUGCUUAUUUUCUCGAAUUCCUCGUAAUGGCUGGAAAGCAGAACCGCCGCCUUUCAUGCUACAAAAUCAUGAUAUCGUUAGGGUUAUAUGAUAUGGGCAGUAUGUGGAUCAAUUCCAUGCUUACCGGUUAUUUUUGGAUUACUGGAGCAAACUACUGCACAAAUCCAAAUUUGAUCUAUAUUACUGGUUCCCUCGCAUUAGCUUUCUGGUGUGCUUCUUGUAUGAAUUGUUUCAUACUGGUAAUCUUUCGCAUACUGGAGCUGUGCAACAAACCGCUAAUGGAACUGUUAUUUAUGGAAUCGAGAACGUACCUCGUGUUAAUAAUUCCCUUUCUAUAUGGUCUGUACUUCUGUCUCUACACAAAACCCCUGCUUUUCAAUUCCGACCACCAGUCAUGGUUUUUCUUCACAUUUAUGCAAAAUCACAGAAUGGAAGAAUACUUCAACUACUCGCAAACUGUGAACAAUAUACUUGUUGUAGCAGUAACGUGUUUACUAUACCUCCAAUAUUUUCGAAUUCUGCUGCAAUUCUCGAAGCUCAGCAGUGGAUUGUCGUGGACGCAAAGAUCGGUUUUCUUGCAAUGCGCCAGCAUAUGUCUUAUCAAUCUUUUGUACGCAUCUAUAUCAGUCUAUUCUAAUAUUGUUCCUACGCCUUCUUACUUCGUUUACAUAUCACAUUUGUGUUGGCAACUAGGAAAUGCAUUUCCGGCUUUCGUUUACCUGGUGCUCAAUCGAACUAUAAGAAAGGAAGUAUUCGCUCUUUUACGAUUUCGUAAAGAACUAUUACAAACGAAAGUCAUUCAGUCAUCACGAACAACACCUUUCUUUCAUAAAACAUAG